AUGGCGCAAGUGAAGGAGGCCAUCAAGGCUUCGUUUGUUGGCACGCCGGAGCCCGAAUCUCCCCUGUCAACACAGGUCAAAUCCCAUUUCAUGCAACAUGCGCGAAAAGAUUCUGAAACUGGCGACCUGUAUAUGAUGGAAGAAGAUUUCAUCAAUGCAAUUGCUCCAAAGCAUGAAAACUAUCACAAAAUAAAACGAGAACAGUACGGCAUUCUCUUUCAAGUCGCCGACCGCCGACGGGUAGGACGGGUGAAUUUAAGCGAUUGGGCGGCAUUUGAGAGCCUGCUCGCAAAGCCAGAUGCCGAGUAUGAAAUCGCUUUUCGACUAUUUGAUACUGAUGGGACCGGCGCUGUCAAAUGCGAGACUAUCCAGAAACUGUACAAUGAAACAAACAAGGGCGGCGAUGCUAUCCCUUUCGAUUGGAACUCGGAAUGGGCCUCUUUGUAUACCGGCAGGAAGAAGACGAGGCACGAUAUGACAUAUCCCCAGUUUGCGCAAAUGCUUCGAGGGCUGCAGGGAGAGCGAAUCCGGCAAGCUUUCCACAUCUUUGACAAGGACGGAGAUGGCUAUAUCGAACCGGAAGACUUCCAGCGCAUCAUUCUUCAUACAGCAAAGCACAAGCUCUCAGACCACUUGUUGGAAAAUUUGCCGACUUUAUGCAACAUCUCAACCGGCAGCAAGAUUUCAUAUGCCAACGUGCGCGCAUUCCAGAAUAUCAUCCGUGAGAUGGAUAUGAUUGAAUACAUCAUCAGGAGCGCAAUCGGCAAGAGCAAGGACGGCAAAAUCACGAGAGCUGAUUUCCUGAACGAAGCCGCGCGUGUCACCCGCUUUUCUCUCUUCACCCCAAUGGAGGCCGAUAUCUUGUUCCACUUUGCCGGUCUCGAUACACCCUCCGGAAAGCUAUCAUGGGGUGAUUUCACCAAGGUUAUUGAUUCGUCCUGGCAUACGACCACUGCUUUGGGGGCAGAGGCAAUCGCCUCAGUAUCACAAGCCACGGACAAGGCGGUUACAAAGUCGAAACAACUAUUGCACGGCCUCCUCGAAUCUGCCCAUCACUUCGCCUUGGGAAGUAUUGCAGGUGCUUUUGGAGCUUUCAUGGUCUAUCCAAUCGACCUUGUCAAGACGAGAAUGCAAAACCAGCGAAGUGCACGUGUUGGCGAAAAGCUAUACACCAAUUCUAUCGAUUGCGCUAGAAAGGUCAUUCGAAACGAAGGUGUUCUUGGAUUGUACUCCGGUGUCGUCCCUCAACUGAUUGGCGUUGCUCCUGAAAAGGCCAUCAAGCUUACUGUCAACGAUUUGGUCCGCGGCAGUUUCACUAAUAAAGAGACUGGCGGGAUUUGGUGGCCCCACGAAGUGCUUGCCGGAGGUACUGCUGGUGCUUGUCAAGUGGUUUUCACAAACCCAUUGGAGAUUGUUAAAAUCCGACUUCAGGUUCAAGGAGAAAUUGCGAAAUCCGGACAAGCUGCUCCCCGUCGAUCCGCCAUGUGGAUUGUGAAAAACUUGGGUUUGAUGGGAUUAUACAAGGGUGCAAGCGCGUGUCUCCUUCGUGACGUUCCCUUCUCCGCCAUUUACUUCCCCACGUACGCCCAUCUGAAAACGGAGCUUUUCGGCGAAUCUGCCACGAAGAAGCUCGGCGUUAUUCAGCUGCUUACAGCAGGCGCAAUCGCCGGUAUGCCUGCUGCCUAUUUGACCACUCCAUGCGACGUCAUCAAGACCCGUCUGCAGGUGGAAGCUCGAAAGGGAGAGACGAAAUAUACCUCGCUACGUCAUUGCGCGACGACAAUCAUGAAGGAAGAAGGGUUCACGGCCUUCUUCAAGGGAGGGCCUGCACGUAUUUUGCGUUCUUCUCCCCAGUUUGGGUUCACACUCGCUGCCUACGAAGUCCUCCAGAAGUUCUUCCCUAUGCCUGGAACCGCUCACGAAGAGGUCACUCCUACUGGGUCAAUCGAGCCUGGCAUCGGCCUUCAGCCUGCCACCGCGCCGUUGCCAUAUCUCCGCUCACGCAAUGCUCUCAAACUCAUCCUGGACUUGGACGAGAAUUUUGGACGAAUCCGGGUCCCUCAGGGUAAAACUUGGCCAGGACUCCCCGGAUCUUCAAAGCAGUGA